AUGGGAUCCUUGGUAAAUUUGACAAAUAUCUCGCAGCGCCAUGUUGUCUGCAAAGUCGCCAUUGUUGGCGGAGGCAUAGGGGGACUCGCAGCUGCUAUUGCGUUGCGCAAAGCUGGGCACGAAGUACAUGUUUACGAACAGUCAGCGUUCCUGAGCGAAGUUGGUGCUGCGAUUCACAUCACGCCGAACGCAAACAGCGUCCUUCACCACCUUGGAAUUGACCAUGAGGACGGUGGGGGAAGCUGUUUAGGUAUGGUUCGAUUCUACAAGCAUACCGGAGAACUGCUGAAGAGCAUAUCGGUAACGGAGCAGAGACAUCGCUGGCAGAAGCCAUGGCUCCAAACUUAUCGGGUGGAUUUGCACCGCCAUCUCAAGGAGACCGCCAUUUCGAAUUAUGCUGUGGGCAUGCCCGUUCAGUUGCACACUUCGUCUCGAACAGUGUCUGUCGAUGCUCACAAAGCUACGAUAACACUUGACGACGGCAACGUCAUUCAAGCUGAUGUGAUAAUUGGCGCAGAUGGGGUCCGAUCUGUUGCUCGCUUAUCAGUAUGUGAAGAGAGGAAAUAUAUUGCCGAUGCACCCACACAGAAUGCUUUCCGUUUCAUGAUCUCCAUUGCGAAGAUCCAAGACGAUCCAGCUACAGCAUCUUUCCUGGAUACUGUAGACUCUAUGGACAUGUACUAUGCGGAUGACCGCAAAGUGGUCAUGUACCUCUGUGAACACGGCACUUCGCUCAACUUCGUUUGCUGCCACCCUGCAUCGCUUAGUGGUAAGAGCUUUUCUCAAGGCUAUGACCACAAAGCUGCCAAGGCGUCUUUGCUAGACGUCUACCAAAGUUUCUCGCCCGACCUUUUAGCUGUUAUGGCUAAGGUAGCCGAUGAGGACGUGAGAAUCUAUCCGCUGUUGGACAUGGACACCCUUCCUGCUUUUGCAAAUGACCGACUGGCCGUGAUUGGAGAUGCUGCACACCCCUUCACGCCACAUCUAGCUCAAGGAGCCGCCCAAGCCAUCGAAGAUGCGGCGGCUCUCGGCGUAAUGUUGUCUUACCUAGACUCCAAGGACACCAUACCGGAACGACUACGAUUGUUCAAUAAAGCGCGAUAUACAAGGGCGACUCUGAUCCAGGAUAUGAGCCGCGUAACGGGUAAUGAGCCCACACGAUCAAAUUCAAGCGCAGAAAUGGAGGAAUGGAAAGUUCAUGAUUAUCUCACAUACGGUUUCAGCCACGACGAAGUGCAUAACUCAACUCAGAUCCUCCGAGAAUAUAUGUGGGCUAAGGCCCCGAGACUCUAUUGGCGACAGCCACUUGGAUUCGGGCCAAUGGAUAGUCCUAGACAAGAUGCUCUCUCUUGUCCUCGCCCCGACGGAUUAUCUGACGCGGUGUCGACGACUGCCACGGUUCGAUUUCGCACAAGCGCGACUCUAUUGCGAAAUAUGUUUCCUUCUACUGCGUACAGCUUCGCUAAGACUGACACGGUUGCUGAGGCAAGCUUUACAUUUCAGUCCAUCCAAAACUUGAGCUGGCUGGGAGGUAGAGGAUACGAGUUGGUCGUGUUCCAAAUUCACGGGGUGCAGCACCGUAGUAAAGACGGCAGCGUUCGCCAGGGUAUUUACAUUCCCGUUGUUCUGGAAAAUCUGGCUGAUCCAAUCAUAUCUGGUCGCGAAGACCUUGGUUGGCCAAAAUUGUAUUCCGAAAUCAAGUUCAAGAACGAUACCAGUGUUGGGGGCAACUUGGAUGUUGAGCUUUCUUGGGGUGGUGUGAAGUGGGCCUUCUUCUCUUGGGGCCGUGUCAACAGUGGCAAUCUCACAAAUGGAUCUGGGGCUGGUGAAGAACCCGUACAGAGCUUUGGUUCCUCCGGCGAGGAUGCGUUGUUCGUACACAAGUACAUACCAGCAACCACUGGCUCCCCUUGCAGAGAAGCGGCUGACGCAGAUUAUGAUGUCUUGUUUCAUUCGACCAAGCCCAAAGUUUUGAUGAGCCAGGAGGCGUCAGCUGCUGGCUUUCAAAUUCUAGAGCGGACAAAUAAGCAGCUCCCUACUUUACACCAUGUGGUCAACCGAUUAUCAGAGCUACCAAUAUUGAGUAUUGUCGAAGCAUCUGUGAAGAAAGUGCUCGGACAGGAUCAGUUCAUGGGAGCAAAAAGACUCGAUUGA